AUGACCAGAGCUGAAGAAGGUUUUAAAAAUGAGAAAUGCAUCAUGAUGCACUGGAAAUGUGCUCUCAGUGGACAAAGUAAGUCAUGCAAGCAUAGAAUCAAAUUAGGAGAUUCAAGCAGUUAUUACUACAUUUCUCCUUUCUGUCGUUACAGGAUCACUUCUGUGUGUAACUUCUUUACAUAUAUUCGAUAUAUCCAGCAAGGGCUGUUGAAGCAACAAGAUGUGGAUCAGAUGUUCUGGGAAGUUAUGCAGCUGAGAAGAGAGAUGUCACUAGCAAAACUGGGCUAUUACAAAGAAGAGCUCUAAAUCUUUUUAUUCUUGCGUAUGCAUGAACUUAUUGAAUAUACAUAACUAAAAUUGCUGAAUCUUUAUUUGUCACUUGAUAUUUAUUUCCACAAAGUGGGUCUAAGAUUUUUCUCUUUUUGCAGAUUGCACUAAGAAGUACUGUGAUUGUUUUAAACUGACUUAUGCUGUAUAUGCGUACAUAUAAUACUUAGUUGAACAGAUGUGGUAAGCACUUGCAGGUGUAUUAGUGAUUGUAAUUUACAUUUAAAAACAAAACUUCUGAUUAAAGUGUUAGUCUGAAG